UUAAAAAAAACCCAAAAGAAACCUUAGUCCUAAUAUUUCAUUGUUUAGUUUAACAUUUAUUUAACAUGACAUACAGUUAAUUUAUAUAACAAAAGAAAAGAAAAAGAUUUUUAGCAAAAGCUGGACAUUGUGAGAUGGUAAUGGGGCUGAUGUUACCUUCUCCAGUUUCCAGCAGCCUGCACUCUCUAUGCACAUACCGCACUGACCAUUUACUUUGCUUGGAUGCAGUGUGUUGUUGCAGGCAACCCGGAGAACACGUCAAUGGUAUGUGUAUUCUUCUAUCAAUCAAGUUUAAUUAAUUAUUUAAUGGAAACAAAGGUGGGUAAUAGUUUAUGUUAAAUAUGGGGGGUCCAAAUAUAUAAUUAUGAAAUGUGUGAAAAGGUUUAAUGGUAACGCCCAUGCAUGCAUUUAUGCCUUCCUUAAAACAAUGAGAUGUUACCCUACUUGAAAAAAAAAAAUGCUACACAUUUUAUAACUUUCUAGAAGAGAGCCCCACUUAAAGUAACAGUUACAGGAUUUCUACUGGAAAAAUAAACUCUCAGGACUUUAACCAGCUUUGGUUUCAGAUGGCCUAUGCCUGUUUUUUUAUGGACAAGGUGACUGACAAUCUGGUCAACAAGGCAAGAUCAUAGCAAACACAUACUGGCAAAACUGGUUGACCUGUUUUAAUUUAAGUUUAAUGGAGUAGCUGGUCAUAAAAAAUCAACAACAAACAUUUUGUUAAUGAUUAAUUAUAUUUGUUAAUCCUGAUCAUUAUUAUUAUUUCUUUUAAAUCUAACUGGAAAUCGUUUCACAGUUACUGUUUUCUCUUCUCUCUCUUUUCCAGAAAUUAAUGUCAUCAUUUUGAUUGUCACCAUCUUUUUCUGGUUUGUGUCCCCAGCAAUUCAGCAAAUGUAUUCUUUUAUUUUCCUUACUAAAACACCUCACAAAUAAACACUGGAAGACAUGGACCAGGUGAGAAAUCACCUCUGCCCACAAUGUGGGAAGAGUUUUACUAAAAAGAGUGAUCUUAAUCUGCACCAUUGCUCACAGGCAGAUGAGAAACAACACAACUGCUUACACUGUGAGAGGAGUUUAACCGAACAGAGUGAACCUGAACCGCACCAAUGCACUCUUGUGGAGGAGAAGCCAUAUGACUGUUUACAGUGUGAGAAGAGUUUUACUGCACAGGCUGAUGUUGGACUACACAAGCAUGUUCACAUUGGGGAUAAGCUGUAUGACUGCCCUCUGUGUGGGAAGAGUUUUACUCAACAGGGUGGUCUCCAACGCCACCAACGCAUUCACACAGGAGAGAAGCCGUAUUGCUGCUCUGAGUGUGGCAAGCGGUUUACUCAGCAUAGUACUCUUCAACGACACCAGCGCAUUCACACUGGAGAGAAACCAUAUAACUGCUCAGACUGCGGCAAGAGUUUUACACGACAGUGUCAUCUCCACCAACACCGGCGCAUUCACACAGGAGAAAGACCUUUUUAUUGCGUAGAAUGUGGGAAGAGUUUUACCCAGAAGAGUACUCUUCAACUACAUCAGCGCACUCACACAGGAGAGAAGCCGCAUUACUGUGUUGAGUGUGGAAAGAGUUUUGCUCAGCAAAGUACUCUCCAAUUACAUCAGCGCAUUCAUACCGGAGAGAAGCCGUACUACUGUACAGAGUGUGAGAAGAGUUUUACUCAACAGAGUACUCUCCAACUGCACCAGCGCACUCACAGUGGGCUUAAGCCAUAUGACUGUUUUCAGUGCGGGAAGAGCUUUAGUCACAGAGGAAAUCUCAGAGCACACCUUAGCAUUCACACAGGAGAGAGGCCAUUCAAGUGUCCACUGUGUGCGAAGACUUUCAGCCAGGAAAGGACUCUUAAAAAACACCAGCGUAUUCACACCAAGGCGUAAGAUGUUUUUGGUAGCUCUUAGAAAGAUGCCCUUGACAAUGGACAAUGACCGAAUCAAGUCUUUUAUUAAGCGCUUUUUGCAACCGAUGUUGUCGCAAAUCAACUUAACAAAAAAUAAAAUAUAGAACCCUUAGUGAGUGCCAGGGGCAGGAAAAACUCCCUCCGAUCUGGAGGAAGAAACCUUAGGAGAAUCCAAGAGAUUUAAUCAUUUGUGGUUGAGUUUAUAUAAAACACAGAUUGUAAAACAUUAUCAGAGAAGGCUUCAGCUUCUGAUGUAUUGACUUGUUUUUAAAGUGUCCCAACCUUCUAAGAAGGCCUUUUCCCCAAACAGAGGUGGAAAAUCCAGGCCCAGAAAGUACAAAUAAACCCUCAAUUUUGAACUGAAAUCAUGCACAGGACCAGGAAUACAUCUUGCAGGCAUCAUGGUGAAGGUUCUUCAAGUGACCUCAAGUACUUGCAGAUGCAGAUGAAAAAAUGAGGAGUUUGCCUUGAAAGAAAAAUUAAGACCAUAAGUCAAGUGCUCACUUACUAAUGCAGAUGCCAUCCUGACCUCAACUGUUGUUGAAUUUUUUACAUCAUAUAGUGCUCUGAUGAAGCUUUCAGAAUGUGUGUUGACCGACUGACAGCAGUUUUCAUGUUCAAACCCAACGUUUUGAUAAACAAGUUGGAUAAGCCUUAGUCAUCAUCCCAGAAAAGACCUGAUGUGGCGGCUGCCACAGAAAAUCCAUCUUCUGACACACAUUUCCAAUCUUUUUUUCUUGAUAUUGAUGCUUACAAGUGUUCUCGAAGCAUUGAAGCUUAGAAAAAGUUAUAUGGCCUGUUUUCCUGUAGACAAUAUCCUGUAUCCGAGUACCCUCUGAACUGGGUUGUCUGUGGACAUGUCACAAAGUGGGGUUGCAUACACCCUCAUUUGUGUAUCUAUUUCCUCAAGCACCACAACUCAAGUUCAUUGUUAAAAACCUUUAAAUGAAUAUCAAUUGAAUUUGUACCAAGUCAUGUUCAAACCAGGCAAAAUGUUCUGUUCCAUGGGCCGUGAAGCUGUGUGUCUCAGUGUCUCAGUGACCACAGUUUUAUAAGCUUGUUGUAUGUAGGUUUUCAACUGGAUCACAUCACAUUCCUGAAAUUUAAGUAUCCAAAAAAGGCAGCUGCCAAGACUAGUGGUUUUAAUAUGACACUAGCAAACCUCUGUAAUUGACAACUUUGAGGGCUUGAAUGUUCAAAGAAAUACGAUUGUGGAAACACAACAGAAACUAGUGGUGAUUUAAAACUUCAUUGCCCUUAUUUACACCGUAAUACUAUUAACAUGAUGCCAUGGAUUUAGGAUGUACCAAUGUGGGUAAUUCUGGACCAAUUCAGAUAUCUGAUAUUACAAACGUACAUAUCUGCUUGUGCCAAUGCGGAUAUACAUGUUUAUAACUUACAGAAAGACUAGACCCUGGUAUAACUUAAGAACUUAUAACUAAUAGAAAUAAAUAAAAAUGAGCUUAAAUCAAAGAAUUUUAAAUUGUAAACUAAUUGUAGUAGUCCGGCCUGUGUCGCUUGGACCAGUACAUAUAUCAUGCCAUUUAUAACAUUAUCAGAGUUUUAAAAUAUGGGAAAUCGCUAACAGAACUGUGUUGGUAAUGUAGAUUUAUCUUUGCAUAUGAUUUGCACUACAACUGCCUAUAGUGUAACAAUGCUUUACCCCAAAUCUUUUGUUGCUGAGUGAAAGCAGUGCUAAGUCAUUCACGUGUUGUUAAAUGUAUUUUUAACAGACUACGUACACUAAAGGCAUCAAAACUAUGAAUGAACAUGUGGAGUUAUGUACUUAAAAGGUGAAAUAACUGAACACAUAGUUUCUUCAAAAUAGCCACCCUUUGCUAUGAUUACUGUUUUGUACACUCUUGCCAUUCUCUCAAUGAGCUUCAAGAGGUAGUCACCAGAAAUGGUUUUCAGGUGUGCAUUAUCAGGGUCAAUUAGUGGAAUUUGGUCGAGUGGUCCCACGGUCUAAAGCCGGGAGGUCGCCGGUUCGAACCCCCGCUAGAGCAGCUUUGCCAUCAGAGGGCAAGCAAAAUUGGCCCUGCUCCCUCUGGGUGGGUAGAUGGCACUCUCUCCCCCACAUCACUCCUAGGGUGUGGGGAGAGAGCAGCAUCUGUGAGCUGAUGUACCGAGCCGCCGUGCUUUCCUCCAAGUGUGCUGGCAAUGCUGCAUCAGCUCGAAAAGAAGCGGUGUAUCGGAAGGGGCAUGUGUUAGUCUUUACCCUCCUGGUGUGUUAGGCAUUUCUAGUGAUAGGGGGAGUCCUAAUGAGUGGGUUGGGCAAUUGGCCGUGUAAAUUGGGGAGAGAAAAAAAAUAGUGGAAUUUCCUGCUUUAUCAAUGGGGUUUGGACCAUCAGUUGUGUUGUGCAGAAGUCAGAUUACUACACAGUCGACAGCCCUAUUGGACGACUGUUAAAAUUCAUAUUAUGACAAGAACCAAUCAGCUGACUAACGAAAAACUAUUGGCCAUCAUUACUUUAAGAAAUGAAAGUCAGUCAGUCCGCAAAAUUGCAAAAACUUUAAAUGUGUCCCCACGUGGAGUCGCAAAAACCAUAAAGCCCUACAACGAAACUGGCACACAUGAGGACCGACCCAUUGGCGUAGGA